AUGCUUCAGGAGGAGGAGAAGAGAGAAGACCGCGACGCAGGGGUCCGCGUCGUGGUCGGAAUUAUUUAAAAACGUGAAUUCUGUUUUAAAAUCCUUCUUGGUCGUUUGAAGGCAUGAAAAAAAGUCGUUUCUAGAACUAAGUUUAAUAUUUUCAGCUAUUUGGAAUGCUUUAGGAGAAGGGAAAAAGAUAUGACUGCGACGCGGACCUCUGCGUCGCGGUCGGUACUAUUCACUGGCGUAAAUUCUGUCCAAAAAAUUUUUUUUCGAGUGUUCAGUAGUACGAAAGUCAUACACCGUCUAUGAAAAUCGAAAAUUUUCGGCUUUUCGGAAAUAUUCAAGAAAAGAAGAAAAUGAGAACCGCGACGCAGAAGUCCGCGUUGCGGUCGGAUUUAUUCACCAGUGUAAAAUCUAACCGAAAACCCUGUUUUAAGUGUUCAAAUGUAAAAAACUCAUGCAAAAUCUCUAAAACUUAAAAACUUUUGGAUUUCUGAAAAGCUUCAAAAAAAAAAAAGUAAAAUGAAGACCUCUGCGUCACGGUUGGAAAUUUCCUGGGUCUGUUCGAAUUUUAUGAGUUUUUAAAGGUACGUAAGCCCUGCUCGCUCAAAAAUGUUACUCAAAACAGUUCUAAGCAAUAACUUUAAUGAUUUUUAGGCUGUGCUUCUUCUAAAAUCUCACAAGGAUUGUGUAAAAAAAUAUUUUCUGCAAUAGGAGUUCAUUUCGAGCGUACAUUAUGUUCGUAUCCCACAGAACUGAAAAAAACUUUUUGAAACAUCAAAAUGAAAUAAUUUGAUAGAACCUUUAAAUUUUCAAGUUCACCUUAGUCUUGUAUGAUUCAAUCGCUUCUCUGAUACCGUAAAAAAAUUUUUUUGAUAAAUUCUGUGAAUUGAUUUUUCAUUUAAAAAAAUGAAUGUUAAUUCAUCUAAUAUAAGUCCAAAGUCCACGUUAAUCGUUAAAUUGAUCAACUAAGUUUAAAAAAAAUGGAAAAGAAGACCCCUGCCAUUACCACUCGAACGUUAAAGAUUUCUGAAAAAUGUUCGUUUUAUUUAUUUAUUUUUCCUUUUUUUGCAGUUCUCUUGUGGACUUCUGGGUAUUGGAAGAGUGGUGAAAUCUGAAAAAUGAUACUGGAAUAUUGAAAAAUUUUAAAAAUCCACAAGUUCAAAAGAUGAAAACGACGCAAUUUAUGAAAAAAAAAAUUGAAGAAAAGUCAAUUUCAAAAAAGCUUGUAAAGUUAGAAUAAACCAAAAAAAAAAACAAAAACUUAAUGAGAAAAAUUGGAACCAAAGAAAAUUUCGUUAUCAUUUUUACAAGAAAAUCAAAAAAUGUUUUUAAAAUCCGUCAAAAAAGUCUAAAAUUACCGAAAAAGUCUCAACUUUUCAAGAGCUCCAUUAAUGGAAACUCAGAGAGUUCACUAUAAAAGGGCUUUGGGAAGUCGAAAAGUGACCUGGAAGAUGAACGGUGACCUCAAAUCGGGAAGAGGAAAAAAAGAAGCGAUAAGCGAAGCCGCGGAAAAGGAUGGAUGGGCCGAAAACUAGAGGAGCCCUCGAGCUUAUGUCUCUGCCGGCCAUAGAGGGGGGGGAGAGCGCUGGAAAAAAAAGCGGCGGAGAAGGAUCCGCGAAGCCGUAGCGCCCUAGGGGAAAUGAGUGGAAGAAAAUAGAGAUGAAAGCAAGGAGACAACAAAAAAAAAAAAGAAGGCGCUCCGUCGCUGGAAAGCCCAAGGGCCGAUCGAUUUUAUAUUAGUUUUGGCAAAGGAAGGAGGUUGGAAAUAGUAGGCUCGGCGGGUCGAUACGCGCGAGCGAAGGACGCCGCGACGACGACUGCAGAGACGUCGCCAGCCUUCGACACAGACGAGGCCGCAGCAGUCCGCCUACACUGCAACGACGUGGCACCGCGUUGACGUCGCCGUCGUCGUCGUCGUCGUCGUCGUCGCGGUGCGUCGUCGUCGUCGUCGAGAACGCCGAUGCUGGGCCUCUCAGGCCCAGGGCCGCCCCAAGGCCCUUCUACCUCGGCCGCCUACAGCGCCACCAAUCAUCUCGGUCCGACCAGUGCCCCUUCCAGCGAUUCCCUGCUUCUGACUCUACGCGCCAAACCGCACGCCCGGGUCUUCCGAGCCCUAUUCCAGUACCUGCCCCUGAGAGAUUCACCCAACGAGAAUCCCCAGCUGGAGCUGAGUCUCCAGCCCGGCGACGUCAUCCUCGUCAAAGGCGAGAUGGACACCGACGGGUUCUAUCGUGGCGAGACCCUAGACGGCCGAACCGGCCUCGUUCCUUCCAACUAUGUUGAACGGUUUGUCACUUUUAUUUAUUUAUUCCACUCGUUCGAUUCGCUUAACACUUGCCCUUCUACUUCUAUUUUUAAACUCGCUCAUUUUUCUUUCUUUCAAAUUAUUUUUCACCUUAAAAACCUAUCCAUUUACCCAUUACCUAAAUUUUAACAAAAUUCUCAAUUUUCCCUCUUUUUUCAAUUAUUUCCUACAUAUUUAACAUCAAACUUCCUCUUUUUAACCCUGAUUAUCGUGAGAAACCCUACUUUUAUUUUUUUUUUCCUUCUCAUUUCUUUUUUUAUCCUUUGUUUCUCCAAAAAAAUUUUUUUGCUGCACUUUUUUAAAAAAAUCUUAAAAUUUUUUUUAACAAACUAAAUAUUUUUUUGCAACUGAUCUUUAUAAAAAAAAUACUUUUUCAAAAACCGUUAUUAUUUUUUUAAAAACCUAUCAUUAUCCUCUUUUUAUCUUUUUCUGAACCUUUGAGUCACAAAAAAAUUUUUUUCACACUGAAAAUCAACUAAAUGUUUUUUUGUAGCCUGUUUUGUAGCCUAUUUUUGCUCAAAAAAAUUUUUUUCUAAACCCAUUUUUUUGUUUCUGAUUUCAUCAAAAGUUCAAUGAAGACUUGAAAUCAUUUUUCCAUGAAAAUUCCGCUGAUUUUUCGCUUUUUAAAAACUUUAAUUAACCUAAAAAAAUACCCACUUUAUCACUUCUGCAUCUGUAAUUAAUCUCUGUUCUUCUAGUUAAUUAAACAAUUACUCUAUCAAUUUUUUUCAAUUUAAUCAUAUAAUUUGCUCUCUAAUUUCUUCCUGCAGAAGAAAAAAAAGCAGAGAUUAAACUUUUCUGCUCAACGGAUUAGGAUAUUUCCAAGAAGAAAAUAAUGUACUUGAGCUUCAAGUUAAAUGAGGAUUAUUGACUUUUUUCCAAAGUGCAAUUAUUUUUUUCUUAUUCAUCAACUUUCUUUUUUCCAUUCCCACACCAUAAAUUAACCUCAAAGAAUGUCUGAGAACUGGCUUUUACUUCUGAAAAUACUUUUUUUUUCUGCACCAUUCUUUUGUGUGGCUCCGAUUUUUGGCAUUAAUUUUUUACUCGCGUGGCCCACUAUGUGCUUCAUUUGCCAAAGUGCCGUCUCCGGAGGUGUGGGAAACUCGUCCCGAAUACCAAAAAAGCAUUUUGAAAAGGAAAAAAUAAUGGAAACUAGCCGGGCGAUUUCUAAAAAUUAUUUUGACGAAUAUGAAAAAACCUGCAAGGUUCUGCUGAUGUAGACGAUUUUUCGUUGAUUUUGAGCAAAGAUAUUAGAAUAAUAGUAAGAAAGUAGCGAAGGUUGAUGAAUGAGAAAGAAAAAACCGUCGAAAAAUUAGGCGAUUCUUUAACUUUGUCCGUAGAGCGCACUUUCAGUGAAUUUUCUCAUUUCCAUCAUUUUUCUUUUUAAAAAAAUCUUUUUUCAACAAUUAUCAACGUUAUUUGCAUAAAAUACUCGGGAAAUUUUCAGAGUGCCCGACUCCGUACUGUUGGCAAACGCUCGUGCUCCAUCACCAUCGUUUCCGCUGCACGUUCCACAGCACUUGGCAGCCAUCCAGCACGAUUUCUCCUCACCCGACCAUUCCACCUUGCCAGAUUCAGUCAGUUCUUCACCAAAACCAAUAUUGGCUUCUAUUUGAACUAUGCUAAAGCAAAAAAUAGCUGCUUUAUUGCGUAUAUCUCAUGUUUCCGGACCGAUAUAUGCACAAACAUUUGCUCAAAAGUGUAUUUUUACUUCUAACGAGCCUUGAAUAUGUGAAAAGGAUCUUGUUUUUUGGAAUUUUUGAGAAGAAAAGGGAAUAAGAUGGAGUUUGAAAGAUUUUAGGUGGAAAUGAUUCAGUUAACACUUUGAAAUACUCCUAUUUCACUGGUUUUUAAGGAAAUAUUCUUUUUUUAUUUAGUUUUUAGACUUGAAUAAAAGUAUUCCAGGUAUGUCCAUACCCGCCGGCUGAUGUUACAAAAGUGACGGUGCAGGAAAUCAAAAACAACGAAACGCCUAGAGGUGCGUUUUUAUUAUUUAUUGAUUGAUUUUUUUCACUUUUUUUUCCUUUCUUUGUAUACUCAAUUUUAUCAAGAAUUUUUUCUCUGAAUCUGAUUCUACAAUAGGAUACUCGCUUUUUAUUGUUUUUUUUUUCAAAUUAAAAUAUUGAAAAAUUCCAAUUUUCAACGAAUUUUUCUUUUCAAUCAGUUUUCGGCGGGCUUUCAAAAACCUUUUGCAAGAUUUCUGGUUUUUUUCGAAAUACUAUUUUUGUAAAAAAACUUAAAUUUUUCAUUGGAUGUUCACAAUUAUUUAUAGAAAUAUCUAAGAAAUAGCAUUAUCAAUUUGUUAUCUCUGCGAUUUAUUAAAAUCAUUUGAAACAUGAUAAUCAUGAAUUUUUUUGCGAUUUUUUUUUCUUGAAAAAAUUUUUCCGCUACGUUUUUCCACUGAAAUUUGGUUAAAUUCCGGUAAUUUUAAAAUUAAAAUUUUUUUUCAAAAUGGAAUUUAAUCUCAAAACUGAUGUUGCUAUGAUUUUUUUCUCUUUGAUUACAUUUUUUUGGAAAGUUGAAAAAUUUUUUUCUUUUUCUUUUUUUGAAACCACCGAUUUUUCACAUCCGUUCUCAGUUUUUUUGUUGAAUUUUUUUCCUAUUCUUUUUUUAAGGCGAAUGUUAAAAUUUUGAACAUUUUUCACAUCUCAAUUGUAUUUUUUGUCUUAGAAAAUGAUUUUUAUCACAACUCUUAAAUAACUCUCCUUGAAAAAUGACUGUUCUCAUUGAUUUUCUUGCAAAAAAUCCAUUUUUCGGAAGUUUUUCAUGGAAUUUCCAACAAAUUAGCCAUUGUUUUGCUUCCGUUUUCCCACACAAACAUGGCGGGGUCUGGAAAAGAUGCGGGAAAAAAGAGGGAAAAGGUGGUCGGGAAAGCGUGCUCGCCAUGUUAAUUGUGCGUGCAUUUGGGCGCAUCGAAAAUGGCUCGAGGCGAUUCAUUAGACGGCCCGAAUAUGGGCACGCGUCGACUCGCCGCCACGUCAAAUUGAGUGCUUCACUCCCCCUUUUACUAGCACCUUUUUCGAUACAGUAAUCAUGAGGAAUACUGUGUGGAAAAGGGGGAUGUAAAGUAGGAAAAUCAAUAAUUGAUAAACAGUCUAGCUAAAGGUCGAAAAAAGGGCAAGUCUGCUUUUUUUCCUACAAAAAUCCACAAGAAUGAAGUUCUUCUGAUACAGUAAUCAUAAGGAAUACUGUGGGAAAAGAAGGGGAGUUUAGUGGGAAAGUCGAUGAUAUUUAAACCGUCUAACUAGUCGAAAAAGGGGCAAAUCUGCUUUUUUCUUCUACAAAAAUCUACCAGAAACGGGUUUUUCUGAUACAGUAAUCAUAAGUAAUACUGUGUGGAAAAAGAGAGGGUUUCUGUAGGGAAGUCAAUAACAGAUUAACAGUCUAAAGGUCAAAAAGAGGACAAAUCUGCUUUUUUCUUCUCCAAAAAUCCACCAGAAUUAGGUUUUUCUGAUACAGUAAUCAUGAGGAAUACUGUGUGGAAAAAGGAAAUGUAAAGUAGAAAAAUCAAUAAUUGAUAAACAGUCUAAAGAUCGGAAAAAGGGCAAAUCUGCUUUUUUUUCUACAAAAAUCCACAAGAAUGAGGUUUUUCUGAUACAGUAACCGUAAGAGAUACUGUGGGAAAAGGAGAGGGGUUCUGUAGGGAAGUAAAUAAUUGAUAAACAGUCUAAAGGUCGAGAAAGGGGCGAAAUUUGCUUUUUUUUCCUACAAAAAUCUACCAGAAUCGAUUUUUUCUGAUACAGUAAACGUAAGAAAUACUGUGGGAAAGAGGAGAGGGGUUCUGUAGGAAAAUCAAUAGCUGAUAAAUAGUCUAAAGGUCGCAAUAGUAGAAAAAUCUGAUUUUUUUUUCAAAAAAAUUGGCGAAUUUUUUCUGAUACAAUAAUUAAGAAUAACUCUCUGAAAAGGAUGAUUCAUCAAUAACUGUGGAAAAAAAGCUACAGAAGAAGAGGCGAUCCCGGUUGAUUUUUUUGACAUAGACCCGUCUUGCACCUUUUUUUCUCACAGUAAUCUUCCGGACCAGCACCUUUCGUGAUACAGUAAUCAUUAAAAAAACCUUUUUGUGAAAAAAAGAGGAAUUCAGUUAGAAAUUUUUAUAAAUUCAAAAAAAGGCGCAGCUCGAAAAAAACCGGUCUAUUAUUUUUUUUUUCACGAAAAUUCUAGAGAUCAGUCCCUUUUUAAUAGAGCAAUGGAAGGGGUCACACAAGGGGUCAGAUAAAAGUUUUAAUACAGCUUGCGAAAAAACGAUUCAUUCUUAAGAUAAUAAUGUAAAACGAGCCUUUUCUGGAAAGUAAAUUAAGAACAGCUAAAAAAAAUUUUAUCUGUUCAAAAAUCCCUUCCGGGAGUUUAAAGGCGCAUGUGAAUAUCAAAUCAAGGUAUCGAGGCGAAAUAACCAGCUAUAGUUAGUGUUAUUUUAGACCAUAUCAGGAUUCGCGUCUUUUAACACUAAACCGAGACAUUUUGGACUGACUAUCCCAAAUUUCAAACGGAGAAAAACAGUUUAAUGUUUCAGCAAUUUAUGAUAAUAUUUUUCUCGGAUGAACCCUAUUAAUUCUUCGCUAAUUUUUUUGCAACGUUGUAGCGACUAAGAAUUUUAGCGGAGACGUUUUUUUGUUUUUUUUUUAAUCAAAUUUCUUUUUAAAAAAAUGUGAACCUUUAAAAAAACGGUUCACAUUUUUUCCUGAAAAAUUUCUCUGCUAAAAUUUUUUGUGUGCGUUCUCUGAAUGAAUAACAGCUAGGAAAUUGAUUUAGUCAAGCUAAAAAUUCAAUUCCGCCACUUGCGCGUCAUUUUUGAUGCAAUGGAUGCAUUGCGUACAACACGUUUUAUCUCCCGCCACUGCGGCUUCGAUUUGGUGUCUGAUCACCGAUUUUUUUGAACGUUUUUUUAAAGUGCGAUCAUCUGAUUUUUCAAGUUAAUAUAAGUAUUUUUUUACGGAAAUUUCGAUUCAUAUUGUCUUCUUAGACUUUUUGAUUCAUUUCAAACCAAAAAAAGCCAAUCAAAAUUGCAUCAAACCCCAACCUCUAAUUCGGUUUUUUUCAAAGAACAUAUUUUUUUCCUCGUCUCGAAAAAAACCUGCUAUUAAAUUUUUCUCAUUUUUUUCAAGAAAAUAACUGGCGUCGUUAGAUUUGAAACAAACAUUUCUGUUUUUCCGAAAUUCCCAAUUUCGGCGAAGAAAAAAAUGGCCGUCGUUAGUUUUUAAAAUUUAUUUGAACCAUUCAUCAUUCGAAAAGUGUCUUCCUUUAUUUGUUUUGUGCGCUGAGAUUUUUUUGAGAAAUAUUUUUUUUCUGUUUUGGAAAAUUCAAAGAAAGCUAGAAAAAUUUUUCAAUUUAACAUUUUUUUGAGACUUUUUCAAUUGACCGAUUUUUUUGCUGUUUUUUUGCAAUAAUAAUAUUAUUUUUUUACUCAUCCGAGAAAUGAAAAAUUCAAUUUCAUUUAAAGUUUGAUAUAAGCUUUUAAAAAAAGUUAUUUCUGCAAUUUUUCACAUAAACUUUCGCCACGGAUGGUGCAAUAUUCACAUGAAAACUUGAUGGAUUCUCACAAAAGUCAAUAUUUCUUAUUUUAUUCUCUUAUUUUUCAUCUUUUUUUGCUCAUUUUUUUCUUCUUCUGAUGGUUAAAAAUGACCCCUUUUUUUCUCAAAAUUGACCCUUUCUCGAAAUUAUUUUGAGCUAAGAGAAAACUAGAGGAUCUAUAAAUUUUAUAAAUUAAGAUCUUGUAAAUUAUCUUAUUAUUCAUUUUUUUCAAAUUGAAUAUUUCCCACUAUCAAUUCAUAAGUUCAAAUUAGGCAGAUCAUGCAUAAAUUUUUCAUUAUGAAUUAAUUAAAAUUUUCAGUUGGUAUCUAUUUUUAUAUUUGAAGCUUUUAUCAAUUUCCUUUCUGAAAAAUUUUUGUAAAAAUAGCCUGAAAUAAUAAAUUUUUGGAUUUAAAGCCAACAGAGCUAUUUUUGACGGUUAAAACUUUAAUUGUAGAAUAAAUUUUGAAUCAUUUUCAGGCCGAAUUUUUUUUUACGACGCAAAAUUAUUUUUUUUUCUGUUUCUGUUUUGGUCAGAAUCGCUUUUUUCAAUUAUCAUAUUUUGACUAGCUCCAGUUAAUAUGGCAUUAAUAUUUACAGAAAAAAAAUGGCCCCUGCUAUUUUUCUCAAAGCUCAUUUUUUUCUCCAUAGUUUAUCAGACGUGAACUUUAUCAUUUUUGCAAUCCUUACGGAGAAAAAUAGCCCCGCUAAAAUGCAGAAGUGUGGAAGUAGUGCUUCUUUAGUGUUUUUGAACAUAUAUGAUACAUUUUUAGAAGGAAAAUUACAGCCGGCGCUAUUUUUAUCGAGGCUGAAAACUGUAUUCAGGCCUGAAAGUCGGUACAUGAGUUUUUUUUUUCUCCAUGUUUUAUGGAAAAAAUAGCCGCGCUGUACGGUGGAGCGCAGAAGACUAUUAUUUUUUCUUAUCUAAGUGGCGUUUUAAUUGUUUUUUUUUUUGACUGAGUAAAGUUUAGUAUGGCACUUGAUUUGACGGAAUAUAAACGGCGCUAUUUUCUCGAAGCUCAAAACGGUAGUAAAGCCGAUCUUCUUCCGAAAUAAAUUUCGCUUCCCACUUUAUUAGACUUCAUAGAAAAAAUUUUGCAAUCCUUGUGAAAAAAAUAGCCGCGAAAGUACGACGGAGCGCAGAAGCUCGUCAAUACUUUUUUUGACUGAGUCUAGUUUAGUAUGGCAAUACAUUUGACGAAUAUGAACGGCGCUAUUUUUCUCGAGGCUCAAAAAUGUUGUGAAGCCAUUCUCAUCCCGAACUGUCAAUAAUUCUUGUUGCGUUCUUAACCUGAUUUUAUCCAAAAAAAUUUUGGAAUCCUUGUGAAAAAAAAAUAGCCGCGAAAAUACGACGGAGCGCAGAAGCUCGCUAAUACUUUUUUGACUGGGUAUAGUAUAGUAUGGCAAUAAAUUUGACGAAUAUGAACGGCGCUACUUUUUUUUCGAGGCUCAAAAAUGUUGUGAAGCCAUUCUUAUCCCGAACUGUCAAUAAUCUUUGCUUCGUACUUCAUGAGACCUUAUCCAAACAAAUUUUGCAAUCCUUGUAGAAAAAAUAGCCGCGCGGUGCGACGGAGCGCAGAAGCCUCCUGGUCGGUUGAGGGUGGGGGAGGCGGACGUGGCAAAAACGCGAGACAUCAAGACAAAGAGCCACGCGUCGGACAUCGAUUUCGCGGCCAAAAAGCAUUAUAUUCUGCCUGUGGUCGAGGCCCCCGAGGCCCUUUUUCGCGCAGCUGCAUUGACAUGA